AUGCCCGUCGCCGACACCCGCGAUGCGGACCCGGAGCUAUUGCUGCGCCUUUGGGAGGCGGCGCGAGAGGGCGACCAAGCGGUCCUUCUCGAGAUUCUCAUGGGAGACGACGGGGAGCCGCCGCACGGCUUGCCCUCUGGCUCUGCCAUGGUGGACGAGGCAGGGCUAAUGCUGCUGCAUGUUCUCGCUCUCGAGGGGCACGCUUCGGCGGCGCAGUGGCUGAUUGACGAGGCCGGCGCCGAGGUCAACGCCACGGCCGCCAAGUCGGGGAUGACUGCGCUACACUUUGCUGCACUGAAGGGCAAGGCGGCUGGGGGUAGCCCCUCUGAGGCCGCCACGAGCGGUUACGCGACCAUGGCGUCUCUGCUGCUGCACCGCGGCGCGAGCGCGAUGGCAAGCGACGCGCACGGCGUGGGCCGCCACGCAGACGUUUGCUCGACUCUGCUCGGCGCGCUCUCGCCGGAGCAGCUCAACGCGACCGGCCCAUCGGGGGAAACGGCACUGCACCGGGCUGCCUAUUGGGGCCACGAGGGGGUGGUCUCUCUGCUCGUCCAGGCAGGGGCCGACACAGCCGCCACCGACGCGUCGGGCCGCCGCCCGUACGAGGCGCCUCGCGCGCGCAUGUUGCUUGUUGGCGCCUCGUGGCGGCUCAGGGUCUCUGCGACUCUCACCCGUGUCGCCGCGUGUGGCGAUUGCGUGUAG